GUUCUGUCGAUGGAGGCGUAGCUAUGGCGUGCCGCAGCAAAUCUCUGGUCGAACAAAUCAACGCCUGGAAAUCAUUGCAGGAAGCUGUCUGAUCAAACUAAUGAGACCCCGCCCACGCCAGUAGAAUGUUAACCUGGUGAAAGGCAGGUCGGACAGUUAAUAAAUGUAUGGCAGAAAGUUACCUUACUCGGGCUACUAUUCCUUGUAAGAAUCUAAUUUUCCAGCAUCAAGUCCCUCCACCCUAAACUAUACCUUGACAGAUUUCACUUGUGAGUCAUCUGUGACACAGCGCAAAGAGGAGGAAGCCUAAAGAAACAAGAAGCAGACUUUGGGAAAGCUAUGCAAUAUCAACACCCCACGUCCUCGGCAGUGAGCAUGAGUGUGCCUCUCUAUGCUCCCACCCCGCUUCAGCCUGUACACCCUACUCCAUUCUACAUUGAUGAUAUUCUUGGAAGGACCACCAGCUCUGGAUCGACACCAGCUAUUCCGACUCCUACUUUGCCGUCCCCCAAUUCAUCAUUCACAAGCUUUGUUUCUGCAUAUAGAACUCCCAUAUAUGAGCCUACGCCUAUUCACCCAGCAUUUACCCACCCUGCGGCCCUGGCUUCAACUUAUGGACCCAGCGCUUUUGCUUCCCCUUUGUAUCCUUUCCACCGGACAGUGGGAGAUUACGCCCAUGCGUUAAUAAGACAGGAUCCUUUGGGUAAACCUCUGGUAUGGAGCCCAUUUAUUCAAAGGCCGUUACAUAAAAGAAAAGGAGGGCAAGUUCGAUUUUCAAAUGAGCAAACCAUUGAAUUAGAAAAGAAAUUUGAAACACAGAAAUAUCUCUCACCACCUGAAAGGAAACGGCUUGCCAAGAUGUUGCAACUAAGUGAAAGACAGGUUAAAACGUGGUUCCAGAACCGCAGAGCCAAAUGGAGGCGCCUGAAACAGGAAAACCCACUGGGAGGCAAAAGAGAAGACGCUGAAAGUAACCCAAAUCACCACAACUCCAGAUCAGAGCUUUGUGUAGCAGGCGACCCACAAACCGCAGAGAGCUACCUGAAGGGAACUCCGUGUCCAUCCUCUUCCUCCUCUCCCUUAUCUCCGGGGGAUCUAGAAUCGGACGUGUCCGAUGAUUCGGAUCAAGAGGUCGAUAUCGACGAUGACAAAGGAUUUCAUACAUCCAACCACUGAUUGCCAAAAUGCUGCUCCUCCUGAGCACAGGAAAGGACACGUUUUAAGUUUCCAUAGCUUGCACUUUAUCGGGGUCGGAGCUGGAUUUAAGGGAUUCAUUUGCCAGAACAGAAAAGCUUAAGUGAAAAGAGGACUAAACUGCUGUAAAUAUUUUGUCGUGUAAAUAUCAUAUGUGCACUAUAUAUAGACCUAGCCUAGGUAUAUGGACACUGGGAAAAAAUGUUUCUUGUUUUAAGUCUAAGGUAACAGACGGUGGUAAUGACGGACUUGUAUGUAUAUAAAUAUUUGUACAUUGCCUAAUUUGCAGAUGUUGGUAUUUUUCGUACAACCUUUUGUAUUCCGCCUGCGUGUACAACAUAAUCCGCAUAAUUUAUGUGAGCUUUAUACACACACACACACACACACACACACACACACACACACACACACACAUUUCCUGUCAAGUUUAGUAAAGUCUUUUCUUACCUCAAGAAUACUGUGUGUUUAGGUAAAUCGUGAACAGUCGAGUACUAAAUAACUGUCAUAAUUCACAAUAUUGCCUCCCAAGUAAAACAAUGAUAUUUA